AUGGCUCCCCCCGCUGCAACCUCCCCCAUCGCCUCACACGCCCAUCCUGUGGCCGUGAAGAACGGCAAGCACCAGCACAAUGCCGACUCCACCGCCGCCGCCGCCGCAGCAGCAGCAGCCAAGCUGCACGAUCUGGCCACGGACUGGAACCAGUUCAGCUUCUCCCCGAUCCGCGAGUCGGAGGUGUCGCGCGCCAUGACCUCGCGCUACUUUGCCGACCUGCACUCGCACGCCGAGACGGACGUCGUCAUCGUCGGCGCCGGCUCGUGCGGCCUCUCGGCGGCGUUCCACCUCGCCACCGCCCGGCCGGACCUGCGCGUCACGAUGGUCGAGGCCGGCGUCGCGCCGGGCGGCGGGGCCUGGCUCGGCGGUCAGCUCUUCUCCGCCAUGGUGAUGCGCAAGCCCGCGCAGCUGUUCCUCGACAGGCUCGGCGUUGCAUACGAGGACGAGGGGAACUUCGUGGUCGUCAAGCACGCCGCGCUCUUCACGAGCACGUUGUUGAGCAAGGUGCUGGCGCUGGACAACGUCAAGCUGUUCAACGCCACCGCCGUCGAGGAUCUGAUCACCAGGCGGGAAGGCGGCGAUGGCGACGCUGGCGUCAGGGUCGCUGGCGUGGUCACCAACUGGACGCUGGUGUCGAUGCACCACGAUGACCAGUCAUGCAUGGAUCCCAACACCAUCAACGCCCCCGUCGUGAUUUCAACGACGGGCCACGACGGCCCCUUUGGCGCCUUCUCGGCCAAGCGUUUGGUUUCCAUGAAGCAGAUCGAGCAGCUCGGCGGCAUGCGCGGUCUCGACAUGCAGUCGGCCGAGGAUGCCAUCGUCAAGCGGACUCGCGAGAUUGUUCCAGGCCUCAUCAUUGGCGGCAUGGAGCUAUCUGAGAUUGACGGCGCGAACCGUAUGGGUCCCACGUUCGGCGCCAUGGUGCUCUCAGGAGUCAAGGCUGCCGAGGAGGCCAUGGCUGUGUAUGAGACGCGCAAGAAGCAGAACGCGUACUAG